AAGAAGGCUUAGCUUUGUGUUCAGUGAUGUAGGUGUUAGGGAUUCUCCACGUGGCUUAAUUAUGUGUAUGUCUUGAUUGCUACAAGAAUUCAUAUUGUAUUGAGACCUCUUGGGAAAGAGUCCCAUGCUAAGGGACCAACAUAGGGCGAGGACCAGCUCCCUAAAGCAGCCUCUCCUAACCUGGCCAGAAGCCCUGAGCGCUAUCAGGCCAACGUUUGGUGGAGAAGCAAAUGGCCAGAUGGCUUUUCUUUUGCAAGAGAUGUAAAUGGCCGGCUUGACAGACAGCUAGGAAAAAGGGUUCUUGGGUCACCCACCCACUUCUUGUCCCGUCACGGACUCUCGGAGAAUAUUAGAGGGUGCGAGGCAGGACUGUGUCUAUUGUUAUCGUCGCUGAGACAAAGGCGCGGGGCGGGCAACCAGCGUCUGUCCUCUGCAUUGGGUGGGUUAAAGGAGGCUGGGAUGUCAGGGGUAUCCGUUCGGUUCUGCUUCCCAGCGGACUCGCGCGGUCCGUGCCGCCCCGGCGGGCCCAUCCUGGAGCGCAUGGAGGACGCGGUUGGGCAGCCGCAGCGGCCUCUGCGUCAAGGAGCGGUGGGGAGGGGAGGUGCGGCGCCCAGCCGGGCGACCUGGCUCCCUUCCCCCGCGGCGCCCGCAGCCUCCCCCUCUCCCCCGCAGCCGGUCGGCGGCCGCAGCGCGGGCGGGCCGGGCACGUGGGCGCCUCCGUCACACCCUCACUCACACCCUCACACACACCCGCGCGCACGCACCCGCGCGCCUUCAUCUCGUGCUCUUUCCCUGGCAGACACACAGGCGCUCAGGAGUCCUCGCAGCCACCCCGCAGGGCAGCGACCCCCUCAGCCCAGCCCCAGGGCCCGCCCUAGGCAAGCGGCGGCUUCUCUCUGGACAGCUCCUCCGCGGCCUCCGUCGCAGCCACCUGGGCCCGACCCUUUGGCCACUGCUGCUACUGUCGGGACGUGGAAGAACCAAGAGGUGCCCGGUGGAGACACGCGAACGGUACCCAUAGGAUAUUGGACAUACAGAUCCAGGAUUCAUGAAGACUCUGUCACCUUGAAGCAAGGAUUUAUUUGAUACCCUCCUCCAUCCUUUAUUCAUAUCAAUUAACAUAUUUCAAAAAAGAAUUAACACAUUUACUAUAAGGGAAUUUUAAAAAAUAGUACUA